GAAUCAGUGGGGGGCAUGGGACAGCAGCCGGCCCCUCCGGGAGCUGGGAGGGUCAGUGUGAGGCUGGGGUUGCAGGAUGAGGACUGGCAGCCUGUGCUAAGUCCUGGUGUGCUCCUGGAGACAUACAGCUUGGGGCCAGCUGGAGGUGGUGCGUUCAUAACGGUCUCAAACCAUUUUGUUUCCCUGAAUUUUCCCACUGAUGCUUUGAAACUGUUUUCAGCGCCAGCAGUGGGUUGCUCUGCAGCUGAGAAGGUGUCCUCCCUGGGCAAGGACUGGCACAAGUUCUGCCUGAAGUGUGAGCGCUGCAACAAGACCCUGACCCCAGGUGGGCACGCUGAGCACGAUGGGAAGCCCUUCUGCCACAAGCCCUGCUACGCCACGUUGUUUGGCCCCAAAGGGGUGAACAUUGGUGGGGCUGGGUCCUACAUCUAUGAGAAGCCGCAGAUCGAGGGGCAGACCGCUCCAGGACCCAUCGAGCACCCGGUGAAGGUGGAGGAGAGGAAGGUUAACACCGCACCUCCCAAGGGACCCAGCAAAGCCUCCAGCGUCACCACCUUCACUGGAGAGCCCAACAUGUGCCCACGCUGUGGCAAGAGAGUCUACUUUGCUGAGAAGGUGACUUCACUGGGGAAGGACUGGCACCGUCCCUGCCUACGCUGCGAGCGCUGCAGCAAGACGCUGACCCCGGGGGGCCACGCCGAGCACGAUGGACAGCCAUACUGCCACAAGCCCUGCUACGGGAUCCUCUUCGGGCCAAAGGGUGUCAACACUGGAGCUGUGGGAAGCUACAUCUACGACAAAGACCCCGAGGUGAAGAACCAGCCGUAGAUAGCAUCCCUCUGCCAGCCCGCCUGCCCGCUCUGUGCCCCUGUACUAACCUGCUCGCAGCCAGAGCAGACCUCACCAGGCUGGCCACAGAGCUGUGCUCUCUCUGCUGUCUCUACUCCGGGCAGGACAGCCCUGUCCCCUGGGUUAUAUAUCAUAGUCUCUAAUAUAAGCUUCAGUGUUUAAAGGCAAAGGUAGAAGGUGUCUCUGGUGGUUCCCAACGCGCUCUGCCCUUCCUAGCCCUCCCACCAGCCCCCUGAGUAUGGGAGGCAGCGCGACAGGGGUGGGAAUGUCACUGUGUGCAGGGGUGGCUGGUGGCCCCUGAGGGGUUGAGAGCAAGAGGAAGGUGGUGGCAGAAGUCCUGCCAUGGGAGGGUGCUCCAUGCUGCCCCCCCCACAUGGAGGGCAAUGGAGCCGGGCAGGCAUCCUGUAGCUCUUGGGGAGGGGGGCUAGUGGUCAGGGCACCCAUCCCUGUUCCUCACCAGCUGCUGGCAGCACUGCCCUUCUUCUUGGCCCUUCUUGGGCUCCAUGCCCUGGCUCUUACUCUCCCCAGGGCCUGUGGCCAACCCCAGCCACCAUUGGGGUUGCAGGAUCAGGCAUCACACUGCAUCCCCAUCCUUGCCUGCCCAGGGCAUCCCUGUACGUGUACCGGGGCAGGUGCCCAACCUGCUCUGCUGGCUGGUUUGGGUUGGUGGCCCCCCCAGCCUGGUCUCCCAUGGCUGGGGGUGCAUCUGGUGGCCACAGCCCUGGGGGAGUAGGCUGGUCCCCACCUUUGGAGGGCAGAGCGCAUUGGGCUGGUGGCUCAGUGGUGGGAUGCCCACCUGCUUCCCAGAGCCGGAGGUUUCUCAUUGUUGUUAUUUAUAAGCAGUUGUACAUGUGCCCCUUGCUUUGGAGAAUGACACGUGACCCCCAGUCUCACCUGUCCCCCCCGCACACUCCCAGCCCCACUGCUGCCCAGGAGGCCAGGGAGGGGGCUGGUGCAGGGGAGCCUCCAGGGCGGCAAGCCCUGGGGUGCCAGCACCCUGCUCUCCCCAGUCUCCCUGCGCAGUUGCAGGGCUGACUUUUGUUAUUUGCUGACAAUAAAGGUUUUGAGAGA